AUGGCGAACCUAUACUUUGCGCACUCGAGUGCGCCCUUGCGGACCAUCAAGGAAAUCCAGUUUGGUCUGCUGUCGCCCGAGGAGAUCAAGGGCAUGAGUGUGGCCCACAUCGUCUACCCAGAGACCAUGGACGAGACCAGGACAAAACCCCGCGACGGCGGUCUCAACGACCCUCUCCUGGGCUCCGUAGAUCGUCAGUUCAAGUGCAAGACGUGCGGCGAGAACAUGUCCGAGUGCCCCGGCCAUUUCGGUCACAUCGAGCUGGCCCGACCCGUCUACCAUCCGGGCUUCAUCAAGCGGGUGAAGAAGAUGUUGGAGAUUGUCUGCCACAACUGCAGCAAGGUUCUUGCUGACAGAAAUGACAAAGAGUUCGCGGCCGCCAUGAGGAUCCGCGAUCCCAAGGUCCGCUUCAACCGAGUAUGGGCUGUGUGCAAGAAAAAGAGGAGAUGUGAAAACGAGGUAGUCAAGAAGAGCGACGAUGACGAAUUCAACCCUCUUGCCGAUGCCAAGGGCGAGCUCCCCGGCCACGGCGGCUGCGGCAACGAUCACCCCACCGUCCGCCAGCAGGCCCUCACCCUCUAUGCCCAGUUCGAUACCAAGGACGAGGAGGGCGUCAAGAGCAAGGAGAAGAAGAUCAUCACCCCCGACAUGGCACUCAACAUUUUGCACAACAUGACCGAGUCUGACAUGAUCGACAUCGGCAUCAACAUCUCUCAAGCUCGGCCUGAAUGGAUGAUCAUCACUGUUCUGCCUGUUCCGCCCCCUCCAGUCCGCCCCAGUAUUUCCAUGGACGGUACCGGCACCGGUAUGCGAAACGAAGAUGAUUUGACCUACAAGCUCGGCGAUAUCAUUCGAGCAAACGGCAACGUUCGCCAGGCUAUCCAGGAGGGUUCUCCGGCUCACAUUAUCAACGAUUUCGAGAACCUCCUCCAGUACCACGUUGCCACCUACAUGGACAACGAUAUUGCUGGUCAACCACAAGCUCUGCAAAAGAGCGGUCGUCCUGUCAAGGCCAUUCGCGCCCGUCUGAAGGGCAAGGAGGGUCGUCUGCGUGGUAACUUGAUGGGCAAGCGUGUCGAUUUCUCUGCCCGUACUGUCAUCACAGGUGAUGCCAACAUCUCGCUGGAUGAAGUCGGUGUGCCCCGUAGCAUCGCGCGCACGCUUACAUAUCCCGAGACUGUGACGCCCUACAAUAUUGGCAAACUCACCCAAUACGUCCAGAACGGCCCUAACGAGCAUCCGGGUGCCAAGUAUGUUAUUCGCUCAGAUGGCAGCCGUGUUGAUCUACGCCAUCAGAGGCGGACAGGUCCGCUACAGCUGGAAUAUGGCUGGAAGGUUGAGCGCCAUCUCAUCGACGGUGAUUACAUCAUCUUCAACCGUCAGCCCUCUUUGCACAAGGAAUCCAUGAUGGGUCAUCGUGUCAAGGUCAUGCCCUACUCGACCUUCAGACUUAACCUUUCCGUCACAUCUCCUUACAACGCCGAUUUCGACGGUGAUGAAAUGAACCUUCACGUUCCUCAAACCGAAGAAACUCGUGCUGAAGUCAAGGAGCUUUGCAUGGUUCCUCUCAACAUCGUCUCGCCGCAGCGUAACGGUCCGCUCAUGGGUAUCGUGCAGGAUACUUUGGCUGGUGCUUACAAGCUUUGUCGUCGUGACGUCUUCCUUACCAAGGAGGAGGUCAUGAACAUUAUGCUCUGGGUCCCCGAGUGGGACGGCAUCAUUCCUGUCCCUGCAAUCCUCAAGCCUCGUCCUCGCUGGACUGGUAAGCAGAUCAUCAGCAUGGUUGUUCCCAAGAUCAUAAACCUCAAGAACAUCGACGAGGAUGAUGGUGAGUGCCCUCUUAAGGAUAAGGGCAUUUUGAUCCAACAAGGUGAGGUGAUUUUCGGCUUGAUGACGAAGAAGAUUGUGGGUGCCGCUAGUGGCGGUAUCGUCCAUCUCUGCUACAACGAGCUGGGUCCUAGCGGUGCUAUGGAUUUCCUCAACGGCUGCCAGAGAGUCGUCAACUACUGGCUCCUUCACAAUGGCCACAGCAUUGGUAUUGGUGACACCAUUCCCGACGCUGCGACCAUCGCCAAGGUCCAGACGCACAUUGACGAUGCCAAGGCAGAAGUCAAGCAGCUCACAGAUAUGGCCACCAACAAUCAGCUUGAGCCAUUGCCCGGUAUGAACAUCCGUGAGACCUUCGAAAACAAGGUCUCCAAGGCUCUCAACACGGCCCGUGACAAGGCCGGUACUUCCACUGAGAGCAGUUUGAAGGAUAUCAACAACGCCGUAACCAUGGCUCUGUCUGGUUCCAAGGGUUCUUCCAUCAACAUCUCUCAGAUGACUGCCUUGGUCGGUCAGCAGAUUGUCGAAGGCAAGCGUAUUCCUUUCGGCUUCAAGUACCGCACACUGCCACAUUUCACAAAGGAUGAUUACUCACCCGAAGCCCGUGGUUUCGUCGAGAACUCGUACCUUCGUGGUCUUACUCCUUCAGAGUUUUUCUUCCACGCCAUGGCUGGUAGAGAAGGUUUGAUCGAUACCGCUGUCAAGACAGCCGAAACUGGUUACAUUCAGCGUCGUUUGGUCAAGGCCCUUGAAGAUUCGGCUGCGCAGUACGAUGGUACUGUUCGCAACUCACUGGGUGAUAUCAUCCAGUUCGUCUACGGUGAAGAUGGUCUCGACGGUAUUGCCAUCGAGAACCAGCCUGUCGACCACUUCACGAUAUCCAAUAAGGCUUUCGACAAGCGUUAUCGUCUCGAUGUCAUGGACGAGGAGGUUUCCUCGAGCGAGCUUGAGGCGCUGGAAUACGGAAAGGAGCUUGCCAGUGAUCCCACUGUUCAGGAGCUUCUUGACCAGGAAUACGAACAGCUUUCGGUCGAUCGCCACAUGCUUCGUGAGAUCCAGCGCACGAAAGGCAACAAUGACACGAAGAUGCAGCUCCCUCUUAACAUCAUUCGUAUCAUUGAUACUGCCAAGAAGCUGUUCAAGGUGGAUGAGACCGCUCGCAGUGACCUUACCCCCAAGGAUGUCAUUCCUACAGUUAAGGCCAUGCUUGAUCGCAUGAUCGUUGUCAGAGGAGACGAUCCUAUUUCCAAGGAGGCAGACUACAACGCCACGAUCCUGUUCAAGGCCCAGCUUCGGUCUCGCUUGGCGUUCAAGCGUCUUGCUGUCCAAGAUAGGAUCAACAAGUUGGCCUUCAACCACAUUCUCGGCGAGCUCGAGAACCGUUGGUCGAGGUCGAUGGUUUCUCCGGGUGAAAUGGUCGGUGUGUUGGCUGCCCAGUCUAUCGGUGAACCCGCCACCCAGAUGACACUCAACACUUUCCAUUUCGCCGGUGUGUCCUCCAAGAACGUCACCCUUGGUGUGCCGCGUCUAAAGGAAAUUCUUAACGUUGCUUCGAACAUCAAGACUCCUUCCAUGAUGGUCUAUCUCGACUCCAAGGCAGCGACCCAGGAGGAGGCCAAGAAGAUGCGCAGUGCUGUCGAGCACACGAGUCUUCGCUCCGUUACGGCUGUCACUGAAAUCUACUAUGAUCCCGAUAUCACAUCGACCAACAUCCCCGAGGAUUACGAUUUGGUCGAGUCUUACUUCCUCAUUCCCGAUCAGAGCGGCGACGAGCCAGAUCCGAUUGAGAACCAGUCCCGUUGGCUUCUGAGAAUCACUCUCGAUCGUCAGAAGAUGCUCGACAAGGGUCUCCGCGUUGAGGACGUUGCUCACCGCAUCAAGGAGGUUUACAAGAAGGAUGUUGCAGUUGUCUUCUCCGACAACAACGCUGAAGAGAUGGUCAUCCGUAUCCGUGUUAUUAAGGCGGACGAUGACAAGGAUGAAGAUGGUAACAAGAUCAUCGAGGACGAUGUGAUGCUCAAGCGUCUUGAGAAGCAUCUCCUGGACGGCUGCACACUUCGUGGUGUCGAAGGCAUUGAGCGUGCCUUCUUGAACAAGGGUGUUAAGCUGAUCGAGGCCAAGGAUGGUUCCAUGAAGCACUCCAAGGUGGACGAUGAGUGCCAAGAGUGGUACCUUGAUACGCAAGGUACCUCUCUUCGUGAGGUCUUGACUGUCGAGGGUGUUGAUACCAAGCGCACCACUACCAACGACUUGUGGCAGGUUGUCGAUGUCUUCGGUAUCGAGGGAGCUCGCGCUGCUCUGAUGCACGAGUUGACGGCUGUGUUGGCUUUCGACGGUUCGUACGUUAACCAUCGUCACUUGGCGCUUCUUUGCGAUGUGAUGACAUACAGGGGCAGUAUCGCCGCCGUCACACGUCACGGUAUCAACCGCGCUGAUACUGGUGCGCUCAUGCGUUGCUCUUUCGAGGAGACUGUCGAAAUUCUCCUGGAAGCUGCCGCCGUUGGUGAGCUUGAUGACUGCCGUGGUAUUUCCGAGAACGUUAUGUUAGGCCAGAUGGCUCCCAUGGGUACCGGCGCCUUUGACGUUUUCCUCGAUCCCAAGAUGUUGGAGACCGUCAUCUCUGACAACUCUCGCAUGGGUCUCAUGCCGGGCAUGACCGUGAAGGGCAGUCAGCUGGAUGGCGCGGCUACGCCUUAUGAUACAGGCUCCCCGAUGGCCGACAGUGGGUUCCUUGGAAGUUAUUCGCCUACUAUGGGCAACUUCUCUCCUAUCCAGGGCGCUGGAUCGGACAGCCCGACGAACAAUGGCUUCGGCACCGACUACGGUGGCGUUGGCGGAUACGGUUCUGGUACUUCCUACUCUUCGGCUACCAGCCCUCGUGCCACCAGCCCCUUCACACCCACGUCACCGUUCAGCUAUGGCGGGUACUCGCCAUCGUCGCCCGCGGCUGGCUACUCGCCCAGCUCACCUCUCCUCGACUCUUCUGGUCGUUUCGCUUCCAGCCCACAAUUCAGUCCCUCGUCGCCGUCGUUCUCGCCAACUUCGCCGAUGCUGCGCCCUGGAAGCCCGACCAGCCCGAGCUACAGCCCUACCUCCCCGAGUUACUCGCCGGCAUCGCCAGCUGCCGCCAGGUACUCGCCCACCUCCCCCGCCCAACAAUUCUCUCCGACGUCACCUUCAUACUCCCCCACGAGUCCGAGCUACAGCCCGGCCUCGCCCGCUUUCCAGGCUACCUCGCCAAGCUACUCUCCGGCGUCGCCUACCUGGUCGCCAACCUCGCCGGACGCUUACUCGCCCACGAGCCCGUCGUUCCAGCGGUCCCCUGGUCAGCAGCUGUCCCCUACUAGCCCAACGGGUUACUCGCCGACGUCGCCGCAGUACUCGCCGCGGACGCCGGGACGUAAUAACUCGGGGGGCAACGGGGAUCAAUAUUCUCCCACUUCGCCAUCGAAUGAUUGAUCAUCUUAAGAAGUCGUUCUGAUCGAGUGGAAUUGGGUUGAGUCGGCAGACAAAGCGUCAAUGCCUCAUGAAGGGGAGAAAAGGAAGGGAUAUCGAAACAAAUUGCCACUACAACACCGUAUAUAACAAAAAAGGAAGGGUGGCUUGGCAGUAGCUAAAUGAGCGCGAGCGGGGAGUUGCUUUUUUAUCACAUUGUUCGUCCUGUUGUCACCACACAUCAAACUGCAUUUUCCUUUCUUCUUGGGCCGCCGUCAUCUGCUUCUUCGUUUCUACUAGAGUUGGAGAUAAACUAGCUGAAGCACCUUUUUACGUACGUACAAAGAAGAAACACAGCAGAAAGCAGAGCGAAUCAGUCAAAGUUGGGAAAGACAAAAUAUCAUUAUCAUAUCAGCAUUUCAUAUUUCUUGUUCGUUCAUGUCUGUUACUGGUGAUGGGUGGCCUUGCUCACAUUUCGCUUCUCAUAAGGAACAAAGAUUGAUCUGCUUUUCCUUGCUCAAAGGGGUUCUUUACUGUUGGUUCAUACUAGGCAGGCGAAUAGGGGAACAGCGCCUCUUCACUUUUUGGUAGCCAUCAGAUUGCGCGAUAGCAUUGGCGAUGGAUGGGUGGUUAGAGAACGAGUAAUUUCGCACGA